CUGCUCUGAGAUCGCAAAUGGGAGGUGAUUGGAAUCGGAAAGGGCUCCUUGUGGAGGAAGGAAAAAUAAACAGGGUUAUAACUCCGAAUCGAUAGUAAGAGCAGCCCUGACAGACGUAAAGGUGAAGACUGGCAGCACCACCCCUCUCACCCCUUGCCCUCCGUCUCUCUCCAAGGACACCGGAGAGCCAACGUCGACAGACACACAGACUGUCACAGCUAAGCAGGUAAGGAGAAAGCACAGCAGACUUCACCCAGGCAAGGCUGUAGGCCUGGACAGCAUUGGCCCAAGAACACUCAAGGUAUGACCUACUGCAGUGGACGAGACUGCUCCCUUCCAAGUGGAGUGUGAUGCCUCCGAUUUCGCUCUGGCUGCUACCCUUAAUCAGGAAGGCAUUCUUUUCUUGCACCCUCCAAGGCUCCGAAAUUCGGCACUCCGCGGUGGAGAAAGAAGCCCAGGCCAUAGUGGAGGCUGUUAGGCACUGGAGGCACUAUCUUGCUGGCAAAAGAUUCACCGUGCUGACCGACCAGCACUCGGUUGCGUUCCUGUUCAGCAACCAACAGCGGGGCAAGAUCAAAAAUGAUAAGAUUUUGCGGUGGAGGAUAGAACUCUCCACCUACACCUAUGAUAUCCUGUACCGGCCUGGCAGACUCAAUGAGCCCCCUGAUGCCCUAUCCCGGGGAACAUGUGCUAGCACACAGCUCGACCAGCUGUACGCCCUUCAUGCACAACUUUGCCAUCCGGGGGUCACCCGAUUUUACCAUUUUGUGAAAGCUCGGAACCUGCCGUACUCCCUGGAGGACAUCAGGACGAUGACCAGGGACUGCCAAAUUUGCGCCGAGUGCAAACCGCACUUCUACUGUCCUGACACGGCACAACUUGUCAAGGCCACCCGCCCUUUUGAACGCCUGAGUGUUGACUUUAAGGGCCCCCUUCCCUCCACUGACCGCAAUGUCUAUUUUCUCAGUGUUAUUGACGAGUUCUCACGGUUCCCCUUUGCCAUCCCCUGCCCCGACACCACUGCCACGUCCGUCAUAAAAGCCCUGCGCCAGCUCUUCACUCUGUUCGGGUAUCCCUGCUAUAUCCACAGUGAUAGAGGGUCCUCCUUUAUGAGUGAGGAGCUGCGCCAGUACUUGCUAGCUAGGGGCAUUGCUACCAGUCGGACCACCAGUUAUAAUCCCCGGGGUAAUGGCCAGGUGGAGCGGGAGAAUGCCAAAGUGUGGAAGGCCACACUUUUAGCCCUUAAGUCAAAAGGGUUGCCGGUCUCUCGAUGGCAGGAGGUCCUCCCUGAGGCACUGCACUCUAUCCACUCUCUAUUAUGUACGUCCACCAAUGCCACCCCUCACGAACGCCUAUCAAUAACUCACACUGAGACGUAGGCGAGAUAUCGGCUUUUAUUGACUGGAAGAAGGAACCAGGAGUGAGUGUCUAUCAUACAAGGUCUUGGAGACUGAGGCCGAGUGUCAGGCCGCAGGUCUCCUUUAUACAGGGGCCUGUGGGAGGAGCCACAGGAGCAGUCAGCAGGGGCGUGUCCCGACAGGCACAUAGUUCACCACACCUACCCAGCUGGGUGCAGUCUUUCAAUACAUCUUUAAUCUGAGCCAGAGCCUGGAGAGGGUCCCUGUGCUGUGAAGAGCAUCCUGCCUAACUCCAGUACCCAAGAAGACAUGUCCCACCAUGCCCAGUGACUGUAGGCCAGUGGCACUGACCUCACAUGUUAUAAAAUUAUUAGAAAGACUGGUCCAGACACAUUCUGAACCAUCAUAAAUUCAUCACUGGACCAUCACUCUGUAGUUUGCUUACAUACCACAUAUUGGAGUCGAGGACACAAUUAUCUUCUUGCUUCAAUGGGCUUUCACCCAUCUGGAGGAGCCAGGUGGCACUGUGAGAAUCAUGUUCUUUGAUUUCUCCAGUGCUUUUAACACCAUACGAUCUGCUUUGCCAGGGAGUAAGCUCAGGGAACUGCAGGUGGAUGCUCCAAAAGUGUCCUGAUUACAGUCUGCCUGACCGGACAGCCACAGUAUGUGAGAUUGCAGAACUGUGUUUCAGACACUGUGGUUAGCAGCACAGGGGUACCUCAGAGGACUGUCCUGUCCUAUCUAAUGUUCACCGUCUACACCUCGGACUUCAGGUUCAACUUGGAUUCCAGCUACCUGCAGAAGUUUUUGGAUGAUUUGGCAGUUGUGAGCUGCAUCAACCGAGGUCAAGAAGCUGAGUACAGAAGAGUGGUGGAUAACUUUGUUGAGUGGUGUGGGCUGAAUCACCUGCAGCUCAGCAACACUAAGACAAGGGACUUGGUGGUGGACUUCAGGAAGGUGAAAACACCUGCAUUCCCAUCUCCAUCAAGGGAACGGAUGAGGAAGUCUUCCGGGACUACAAAUACCUGGGAACUCACCUGCACAAUAAACUGGACUAAAACUACAGAGGCUCUGUUCAAGAAGGGACAGAGCCAACUGUUCUUCCUGAAGAGUCUCUGGUCAUUCAACAUCUGCUGUACAAUGCAGCAGAUGUUCUACGACUCCGUGGUGGCCAGUGUUCUAUUUUGUGCUGUCAUCUACUGGGCAGCAGGGUGAGAGCAACUGAUGCCAGGAAGAUCGAUAAGCCCUUCAGGAAAGCUGGUUCUGUUCUGGGGGUGGAACUGCACUCUCUGGUGGUUGUGUCUGAGAGGAGGAUGCUGCAGAAAGUACGGAGCAUUAUGGACAAUCCCUCUCACCCCCUCCAUGACACACUGGACAAAGAGAGGAGCACCUUUAGCAACAGACUGAUUCCACCGAGGUGCUCCACUGAACACCACAGGAGAUCAUUUCUCCCUGUGGCCAUGAGACCACAAUUCCUCCUCCUUCAGAAUGUGAGUAUAUGGUUUCAAUGCACAUCUGUUUUUUGCACUAUUACUUUUUGAUACACAUAUUGUAUUCUUUUUCAUACCUCAAUGCUUACAUUUUGUAUUUUAAAACGAUAUAUUUCUGACUGAGCAACCUUACAACAAUAAUCUCCUUCUGGAUAAAUAAAGUUUUAUCUUAUCUUAUUUACAGUAACUACAAAGGAAUACCAUAGAAUCAAUGAAAAACUACAUACAACAAAAUGAACUAAACCGCCAAUGUGCAAAAGAGGACAAAAUGUGCAAAAAGAAGAAGAAAACAAUGAUUAUAAUUAAGUAAGCAAUUAAUAACAAGAACAUGAGAUGAAGAGUCUCUGAACGUGAGUCCGUAGGUUGUGUGAGUUCAGUGCUGGGGUGAGAGAAGUUGAGUGAAGUUAUCCCCUCUGGCUCAAGAACCUGAUGGUUGAGGGGUAAUAACUGUUCCUGAACCUGGUAGUAUGGGUCCUUAGGCUCCUGUACCUCUUUCCUGAUGGUAGCAGUGAGAAGAGAGCAUGGCCUGGAUGGUGGGGGUACUUGAUGUUGGAUGUUGCUUUCCUGCGACACCAGUCCUUGUAGAUGCACUGUGGUGGGAAGGGCUUUACCCGUGAUGGACUGGGAUGCGUCCACUCGUUAGUUGUGGUUAAUUAACCCAUGAACCACAAGACUUCAUUUACAGUUUAUGCUCUUAAAGUGGCUUCACCUUGAGACAUAUUCCCUUUGAAUUAUCUACUAUAGCCCUCCACUAACCACUCUGUAACUAAGACACUGUUUUCGUUCCUUCAUGGAAACUAGACCUAAAUCAUUAACCCUGUUACUUUUUUCACAAAUUUUGUCUGAUCUGUUCUGUGGUUUUAGAACUUUCUACUUUUAUUUCCAAUUUCCAGCAUCCAUGUCUUUUUUUAAAAUUUUCAGUUACCACCUUGAAUUUCAUUUUGUAUUAACGUAAAAAUUAUUUUUUCUGUAUCAGAGAGGAAGUUACAGUUUUUUCUUGAUGUUGGGAAAGAAUACUUGUUAAACCACUUCCAGUGUUAAAUUGCGUCAUACAAGCAAAGUGGAUCCUGAAUUUGAUCUUAGGUCUGCAACGGGUUAGUUGAAUUAAAUUAAGGAGACAUUCACAGGAUAAAAGCUAAAAUAAAAUUAAAAAUUUGUAUAUACAGGGAAUCUUAAGUAAAAUAGAAAACGCAGGAAGUAAUAUUGAUGAGGCAACAUUUGCGGAAAGAGAAACAGAGUUUAUAUUUCAAGUUCAAGAUGCUUCAAUGAACUGAGGAAGAGGGAAGACAAGUUAAUUUUAAGUUGCAAGAGGAUGGGAUAGGGAAAAAUAGAAUUAAGGGAAUAUCCCUGAUAACACAACAGUUGAAUUGCUGUAGGGUUAAGGGACAUCUGUUUGAUGAAAUAGAGAAAUAAACUGGAAGAAAAGCUAUUUGGGCAGAUAGAAAGUCAGAAAUCAAAGGAAUAUGAAAUGCUAUAUAAUGCAAAUCUCGUAGACCCAGCAUCAAUUACGAGCAUUCACACCCUGCCUCCUGUAAGGACUAUGUUCCUUUCACCCAUUUCCCUUGCCUUGUUUGCGUUUGUCUUAAUCAUGAAGCUUUCUACGCAGUUGACUCUACAUUUUCCUCUUCCUGAAUUGUAACUUCUCUAUUGGACUGAUCCCUUAACCAUUCCUCAUCUGUUUCCUGCACUUCUGCUCUCACCCCUUUUCUCCUGGACAGAGGAAAAACUAAGUUUCCCUGGCUCUCAUCUUCCAUUCACCAGCUCCCUCUGCUUUCAAUCCUUCACAAUUUCAAAGAGGUUCAGGAAACAGUCAGACCUUCCUCUCCUUUGUCAGCAUUACAACAUUGUGACUCCCUUUUCUGCUCUUCUAUCUCCACCAACCUCUUCCAUGUUGUGGCAUGUUUUGCUGCAUGGUAUCGAAGACGUCACAUAUGUCCUUUCACUUCUUCCCCUCUCAUCAUCCAGGGACCCAAACCAUCCUUUUAAAUGAAGCACUGACUUAGUAGGGAGAUAGGGUGAGCACUUUGCAGAGCAUUUGUGUUUAAUAGAACAUAGAUUAGUACAGCACAGUACAGGCCCUUGGCCCACAAUGUUGUGCCGACCCCUAAAACCUGCCUCCCAUAUAUCCCCCCCACCUUAAAUUCCUCCAAUACCUGUCUAGUAGUCUUUUAAAUUUCAUUAGUGCAUCUGCCUCCACCACUGACUCAGGCAGCGCAUUCCACACAUCAACCACUCUCUGAGUAAAAAGCCUUCCUCUAAUAUCCCCCUUAAAAUUCCCACCCCUUACCUUAAAGUCAUGUCCUCUUGUAUUCAGCAGUGGUGCCCUGGGGAAGAGGCACUGGCUGUCCACUCUAUUCCUCUUAAUAUUUUGUAUACCUCUAUCAUGUCUCCUCUCAUCCUCCUUCUCUCUAAAGAGUAAAGCCCUAGCUCCCUUAAUCUCUGAUCAUAAUCCAUACUCUCUAAACCAGGCAGCAUCCUGGUAAAUCUCCUCUGUACCCUCUCCAAUGCUUCCACAUCCUUCCUAUAGUGAGGCGACCAGAACUGGACGCAGUACUCCAAGUGUGGCCUAACCAGAGUUUUACAGAGCUGCGUCAUUACCCUGUGACUCUUAAACUCUAUCCUUCGACUUAUGAAAGCUAACACACCAUAAGCUUUCUUAAUUUGCAGAGAUGAUCGGAAAUACUGUAUCUGUAUCUGUCACUGUUCACCAUCCUAUUCUGACUUAUUUGCUCCAAACUGCUAAUUAAAUUUGCUGAUGAUACUACACUGAUUGGCCUCUUCUCAAAUAAUAACGAGGCAGCCUACAGAGAAGAAGUCAUCACCCUGACAUAGUGAUGUCAAGAAAACAACCUGUCCCUCAAUGUCGCAAAAAGAAAGGAGUAGGUUAUGGACUACAGGAGGAAUGGAGAGAGGCUAACCCCUAUCGACAUCAAUGGAUCUGGGGUUGACUGGGUAAACAGCUUUGAAUUCCUCGGCAUAAACAUCACCAAGAACCUCACGUGGUCUGUACAUACCGGCUUUGUGGCGAAAAGGCACAACAGCACCUCCUUCACCUCAGAUGGUUGAAGUUUGACAAGAGUCUCCAAGUCCUAAGGACUUUCUACAGGGACAUAAUUGAGAGUACCCUGACUGGCUGCAUCACUGCCUGGUUUGGAAACUGUACUUUCCUCAAUCACAGGACUCUGCAGAGAGUGGUGCGGACAGUCCAGCGCAUAUGUAGAUGUGAACUUCCUACUAUUCAGGACAUUUACAAAGACAGGUGUGCAAAAAGGGCCUGAAGGAUCAUUGGGGACCUGAGUCACCCCAACCACAAACUGUUCCAGUUGCUACCAUCUGGAAAAUGGUACCAUAGCACAAAAGCCAGGACCAACAGACUCCAGGACAGCUUCUUCCACCAGGCCAUCAGACUGAUUAAUUCAUGCUGAUACAAUUGUAUUUGUAAGCUAUAUUGACUAUUCACUUGUAUAUCUUACUGUACAUACUACUUAUUACAAAUUUCUAUGAAUUGCACAUUGCAUACUGUAUUUAGAUGGAGAUGUAACAUAAAGAUUUUUAUUACUGAAAGAUGAAGGAUGUAAGUAAUAAAGUCAAUUCAGUCAAAUCAAUUCAAUAUUUAUCUAAGACCUCCUACACUAUUGCAAUGACACCCAGUGUAAACAUUAAAAUUAGCAUCACAUCAUCCAUUCUUCUGGGUUCAGCUUUGAAUUCUGUGAAUUCUAGGUAUGAGCCUGGGAAUUAAAGGGUUAACGCAUGAGGAGCGUUUGAUAGCUCUGGGUCUGUAAUUGCUGGCUUUUAGAACAAUAAAGGGGGGAUCUUACAGAAACCUAUUGAAUACUGAAAGGCCUACAUAGAGUAGAUAUGGUGAGGCUGCUUCCUAUAGUCAGGGAGUUUAGGACCAGAGAGCACACCCUCAGAAAAAAGGAAUAUCCAUUCAAAAUAGAGAUGAGGAUGAAUUUCUCUCAGGAGAAUGAGGCUGAGAGUGAUAAUAAGCCAACCAUAAUGGACCAAAUGGUGUCAUUCUACAGAUGUAGAGCAUUCUAAGUGGCUGCAUGAUCAUCCAGUAUUGAGGUGGGGGCGCGCUACAGAACAGGAUUAAAAUAAGCUGCAGAGACUUGGAAACUUAGUCAGCUUCAUCAUGGGCACUAGUCUCCAUAGUGUCCAGAACGUCUUUAAGGAGAGAUGCCUCAAAAAGGUGGCAUCCAUCAUUUUGGACACCCAUCACCCAGGAUAAGCCUAUUCUAAUUGUUACCAUCAGGAGGUGGUACAGGAGCCUGAGGACACACACUCAACGAUUCAGGAACAGCUUCUUCCCCUCUGCCACCUGAUUUCUAAAUGGACAUUGAGCUCAUGAAAAAAACUACUUUACUACUUAUUUUUAAUUUUUAAUUUUUCCAUUACUUAAUUAAUUUAAUUAUUUUAUGUAUCUACUUACUCUAAUC